AUGGCUGUUGGUGUGACGCAGUAUCCGGAUGAUAUUGAUGAUGCCUUUGACGAUGUUACACUAGGAUGGGAGGAGCUGGAUGUUUUGGAUGAUGCGGGUGAUGAUCCAAAAGAUGUUGUCCACGGAGUUGAGGAGCUCAGUGAGAGAGUGCUGGAAGCCAGCGAUGACAACACUUGCGAGCUUGACGCUAAAGACAAAGACGUUGAAGAUGAGGACAGAAGUGAAGAGCUACUAGCAGACGAGAGUGUCAGAGAAAUACAGAGGUAUCGUUUGGGAAGUCCCACUCGAACUGAGUAUUUGAGACGUCAUCGAGGCUAG